UCACGUCUCCUCCUACUAGUAUUAACAGCGUCACAGAGAGAGGGAGGGAGAGAGGCGCGCCACCGACGCCGGCAAUGGCGGAGUGGCCUCAGUGGUGGAACAUGGCGGCGGAGGCGGCGAAUGGCAGCUUAACCUACAUCGGCGAGACGAAUGCGAUAGCGGAGGCCAUCAAUAAUGGCGCCCGCCAGCAGUACGGCCAGGCCGCCGAGGACUGCCGCGGAUUCGGCCCGGGCGUGCACCCGCCGCCCAACGCCGGCCAGGGCGCUUCCGCAGGCGGCGACAUCAUCGACCUCGCCAUCGGCCGGGUCAAGCGCAUCAGCAGGCUCCACGCCGUGCUGGGCAACGUCUUCUCCCUCUGCGUCGCGCGCAUCGGGCUCCAGGGCCACGCGCCGUGGCGAUGGGACAGGUGGCAACUCCACCACACCGACGCCGCCCGCCACGCGGAGACGGCGUCGCAGCGCCUGCUCUCCGCCAAGUCGCACGGCCAUACGGCCGACGCCGUCUUCCACGUCAUGCUCAGGCCGCCAUCGCCGCAAGCAGUCGCCCACGCCUGGGCACCCGCGGCCGAGCAGCUCCUGCGCCGGGCGAUCGACGAUCUGGCCGUGGUGGAGGCCGCGCUGGGGCAGAUGCGCACGGCCAUUGCCGCCGAGUACGCCGACGCCAUGAUCCUUCUGCAAGGCUGAUAGCGCGCGCGGCGGCGAUCACCAAUCUCUCCUCUGUUUUGUUCUUCUCGGCCCGUCUCGGGUUUCCGUCGAUCAAGGUUCAGGUGCUAUGCCGAUCUGUUAACUGUGAUUACGAUGCACUAGCACUACUACUAUAGUUUUAUUUCUUGCUCAAAGAUUUGAUCCAAAACUGCACGUAUAUGUGCAUCGAUCUGUAAUGCUCGAUCGGUGGAUCGACUCGAGCUUCUCUUGAAUCCUGAUCAGUUAGA